AUGGCGUCGAAAUCAUGUCUAGUUUUUAUUCUUCUCAUUUGUUUCGUGUUGAAUUCGUUUUCAAAACCGGCUCAUGAAGAAAAUGGUUUCACAUCUUGGGUGAUGCGUUUAGAAAGCGACAUACGAAACAGAAUAUUGUCAACUGGUCUUUGUUCAGUUUGUAAACUAUUGGCGUUUGUCGCUCAAAUUGCGCUCUUAACAAACAAAAUCGAGGCGGACGUGGUUUAUGAAGGACGUUUGUUAUGUAAAGAACUAAAGAUAGAGGAUUCACGAGUUUGCACCGAUGUUAUCUCAGAGUUUCGAAACGAAGUAUUGACGGUCGCCGACAAAGCGUUUCUCGAUCCCAUUGAACUUUGUGGAAGUCUGUUAGGUCCUUCGUGCGCUCAUGCCAGAGAUCUUGGGGAAUUUUGGAAUUUAACCGUGCCUGGAAAUAAGCCGCCUGUUAAACCUGUUCCUCCUCCAAAGGUUGGUUUUUUCUACCUCCAAAUUUCUUAAGUUGUGAAAUAUUUCUCUGUGACGGUUUCAGUUUACACUCUCUUAAUUUUGGUUUCGUCGUGAUUAAGAAUUACGUCUCACAAUUUCUAUUUCACGCUAAAUUUUAAUAAAGGUUAGGGGUAUGAAAGCCUUAAACUUUUCCCAAACCUUGCCUUUAUUUGAUUUUGCAAGGCUGAACAGGCAAGUAAAUGUUCAAAACAAGUAAACUGAUAUGUUGGUCAUGUGACAAACAAAUCUUCGUCUUGUGACUUGAUCAGAUGCGCCGCUUACGUAAAGCAUCGUUCAAAACAAGAUUCACCGGUAAAAUUUCCGCACAGCCCCAUACUAUUGUAAAACAAAUCUGUUUUCCCAAUGGCAAUGUAUUGUUUUAGUCAUUGUUUUCUCUAUUCAAGAACUGAAUGCUUAAUGAAGUAUGGGGCUGUGCGGAAAUUUUACCGAAUCACCUACUUGUAGAAAUUUAGCGUUACAAAAUUUAUUCUGUACUACAUACAUUAACUAUACGACUUCAGGCAACAUUAGAAACCCUGAAAGUUUCGUGCCUAAAAUGGCCUGACCUCUGAAAACAAAGAGAAUUGUCACACUGAAAUUAAUAUCAUGGAUUUAUCAUGGAUUUAUCAUGGAUUUAUAAUUAGCAGAGAUACCGACCCCUUUGAACAGAUAUUGUGAAAAUUAAUUCAAUUUUUUGCGAGAUUUCAUUUAACUGUAUACUCAAGACUGAGAUUUUAGUCAAAUAAGGUCAAAAUACAUCUUAAAAAUUUUGUCUGAUGUAACUAAACAUGCUAUGCAGUGACUGGCAUGAGGCUCUAACACAUACAGUGUGUGUAGCUUCAAAACCCUGUCUUGCAUUGUUUCUCUUUCAAGUAACAAGAGAAGGUUGGCAGUUGGUGGUUAUUGAAAGAAGCCACCUUUUAUUAUGUAUUAAAUACCAGAGUAAAUUUGUGAAGAGAAAUCAACUGCUGACCACUCAGGAAUGAAAUGGUUAUUUAAGUCAGAAAUGUAAUGGGAGAGAUUGCUGAGUGAAAGGUUAUUGUUUGUUUUUAGCCUGGCUCACCAGUUUCCCGUGUGUUACACUUUUCUGAUGUUCAUCUUGAUCCCUUGUAUCAAGAAGGGAGUGACCCUGAUUGUGGCGAGCCUCUGUGUUGUCGCAAAAAUGAUAAGCCUCCAGGUAUGUUGUGGUAUUUCUUAUACUCAUGAUUGCUACAGCUAAGGUCCAAACAAUCUCUUAAAGAUGAGAUAAGUGAAAGCUGAGUAAGUUUACCAUUUCUUAUAAUAUGAAAAUCAAUUUUACUUGUAGCAUAACCUACAUGAAAUUUAACCCUUUAACUCCCAUAUCAAAUUUGUAAUUCUCCUUACUGUCAACCAUACAAUUCUUUUAAUGUUAAUUCAGAGAAUUUAGUAUUGGAUCAACUUAUUAUCCUCAAAUUGACAUUUUUCUUUAUUCUCAUCAUUUAUCUGGUUGAUAUUGCAUUGAUAUUUUUAGGAGAAAUUCUGUCUUGGUCACUCAUGGGAGUUAAAGGGAUAUUAUUAAUAGUUGAUUAUGUGAUUUGGCACCAUUGGUCUCAAAAGGCUUCUUAUAAUGUAAUUUGAGGAAAUUCACACAUCUGUUCAAAAAUGGUAAAAUUGAGCCAGAAUACAAUGGAAUUGCCAACUUUGAAUGAAAAUUUUUGUCUUCUAAAAGUUCUUGUGUUGAAAAAGACCUAUGAAACUUAGAUUGCAAGAUAGUCUGUGAUUAUGAUCACUUUGUUUUGAUUACAGCACCUGGGAAGCCCAAAGCAGGAAAAUAUGGAGACUAUCAGUGUGAUAUUCCUGCAAUAACUUUUGAAAGUAUGUUGCAGCACAUCAGCAGUACACAUCAGGUGCAGAUAUACGGAGUUCUUAUUAGUGUUUUAUCUGUUUUUUUGCUGGGAUGUACAUUGUCAGCAUGCAGUAAACAAUUGCUUCCUUUUUGUGGAAAGAAGGCUUUGAUAAAAAGAAUGAAUUGAUAUAGUAUUUAAAUUUUACAUUUCAUAUGUUUGUUCACCUAUCUUUGUUGUUGUGCAUAUUACAGGACAUUGAUUAUGCAAUUUGGACAGGAGACAUUCCUGCACACAACAUUUGGAACCAGUCACGUUCAGAUCAGGUGAUGUUUACAUAAUACUUGUUCAGUAAUAAUAAUGAUGAUGUUGAUGAUGAUGAUGAAGAGGUAUUACACAAGCUCUAUAAUAAUCCAUUGCACAAGGUCAAUUAUCAUCACAUGAAAUGAGAAAAAAUAUUGACCAUGGAUAAUAAUUAUUUUUUGUACAGAAAGAGGCAAUUAACUAUGCCAGUCAACUUUUAGAGAAAUAUAUGCCAGGAGUGACAAUAUUUCCUGCUGUUGGCAACCAUGAGGGUGCACCAGUGAAUAGGUGUGUUAAAAAUAUAUAAAUAACUUUUUUUUUUAACUACCAACUUGAAAGGAAUUUAGGAAUAAAAACUAUGCAUUUUAGAGUGCACAGGUAAAAGAUCGAUUUCAUCAGUUCAAAAAUAAUAACUUAUUAUUACACACAGUUUUUGAAAAUGAAAAAAAAUUUAUUUGUCUCUGGUUCUGUUAGGAUUACUUGGUAUCAAUUCAUGACUCUAUAGAGUAAAAUUUUGAGUGCUUAACCCUUAAAGUCCCAGAUCAAAUGUGCAAUUCUCCUUACUGUUAACCAUACAAGUCUUAUGUUGGUUCAGGGAAUUUAGUAUUGGAUCAGUUCAUUAUCUCCAAUUUUGAUAUUUUUCUUUAUUCUCAUCACUUAUCUGGUAGAUAUUGUAUUGAUAUUGUAAGGAGAAAUUUGGUUACUCAAGGGAGUUUAAGGGUUUAUUAUUCAUUGGUUUGUAUAAUGCUUACAGCUUCCCUCCACCAUUUAUUACUGGUGAUAACUCAAAUCAGUGGCUCAGAGAUGCUUUAGCUAAUGACUGGAUCCAAUGGCUUCCAAAUGAUACAAUUCCUACAAUUCACAAGUGAGUCAAUGUCCACACUUUAAACUUUGAAAGAAAAACACUCAAGAGGAAGAUGGAUACUUUUGCUUAGGAUAAUAGGAAAGAGAGCAGUUAAGCUAUAUGGCCAAUGUCAUAAGAGCUUGGUUAGGUUUUUGUGGCAUGAAGUGACUAGGUGUAUUGCUACUGCCCUCAGAUGAAAGUCCAUGAAAAGUUACCCUCCAGAAUUUUGUCAAGUUUUCCUGACAGUUCACCUGUACCCAUUUACAGGAGGCAGCCAGGAUUUUCAAAGAAGGGGUCAUACUGUGUCAAACAGAGGGUACUCACCAGAUUGUCAUGUCGACCUUCACACUCUGUUUUACUUAAUGUGACAAAAGAAAAGGCUUACAAAGGGAGGGUCACAGCACCCCAUGACCCUUAUUCCCCCUUCCCCCCAUAUUAGCUAUGCCCUUUGCAAUUUAUACUUUUGGGUUGUGAGAGGCAGCAAGUUAGUCAAAUAUUUUGCCCGAGAUCACAACACAACUACCAACCACAUAGCCAGGUUUCAAACUCAGAUCUCUGGAACCCUAAGCAUUUAGAAUGUUAAGCAACUAAUAAAGCAAAGUGGCAAUCUUUAUGCAAAGGCAGAUACCCUCAAAAGAUAGUUUAAUCUUGGCAAGGUUAAUUACUUUUGCCAUGACUGUAAUUGCUUCUUAUUGUUCUCUACCCAUAGAGGAAUCUUCUACACAGUCUAUCUGUCAAAAGGAUUUAGGAUAAUUUCAAUCAACAUGAACUACUGUAACAAUAUGAACUGGUAUGUCAACUGUUUAUCUGCUCAAACCAUGUAUUUAUGUGUGGUAUUUAUUUGCUGUGUCAUUUGAUUUUGUUUCAUACACACUCAGUCUUGUAUGCCAUGCAUGAAAGACCUUGUUUUUUGUUAUUUUAAAUUCUAUAUUAACCUCUUCUAGGUGGCUUUUAAUUGAUAACUAUGAUCCUGCUCAUCAACUGAAGUGGUUGAUAGACACUCUACAAGAAGCUGAAGACAAUGGUGAAAAGGUUGGUUUUAUCUUAGAGAGAGAGUUCAGCUUUUAAGAUGUGAGUGACAUGUACUGCACCACACCUUCUUCUUGUAAUAAUAAUACAUCAUAUUCACCAGUUUAUUGAUGAGUAUUUAUGACUUAUCAACCAGAGGAUGUUAUGUUGAUUGUCACAUGUCUUAUUUGUAGAUGUUGAUGACAACCAGUAGGGUUAAAAGGGACUACUCUGGGGCUUGGAAAUAAUCUGAAAUCCAAGCUGAUCUUUUCAGAUUGGUUAUAAUUGUUGAUAAUGGGUUUAACAAGAAUAUUUGUAGAAUACAAAAAUAGGUUAGUAGCGAUCUGAAAUAAAUUAUAAAGGUGAGAAUCAAAACUCUUGUGAUGAGAGCACCAUUCAGCUGGGAAAAAAUAGAUUGGUGUGAAUGGAAAAGUUGUGAAGCAACUUUUGAAAUUAUAUUUGUCUGUUUAAAUUUUAAUUUAACCUUUUAAGCUGUACUUUAACAAGAUUUAACAAGCAUGCAGAUGUCUGCUACUUUGAAGGAGCUGAAUAGAUAUGGGUAUAAAGCUGCUUAUAUGAUUUCAGGUUCACAUUAUUGGCCAUAUUCCUCCUGGCAGUGGUGACUGUCUGACGCCUUGGAGCUGGAAUUACUACAAGAUUAUAAAUCGUUAUGAGAGUACAGUCACAGCCCAGUUCUUUGCUCAUACACACCUUGAUGAGUUUGAAAUCUUUUAUGAUGAAAAGACUAGGAAAAGACCCACAAAGUAAGAGUUAUUAUUAUUACUUUUAAGCAAUUGCCUGCCUUUUUUUAAAUACAUGUAAUGGUGCAGAGGAACAAAAGUUUGAUAAAUACUUGAAAGUAUAAUGUCCAGAAAAAUGUAUUAGAAAUUGGAGAGGUGUUCAUAAAUGUUUUACCGGGUGUUGCGGCAAACGAACAUCAAGGCUCGAUGAAAUACCAAGAAAAUCGUGACCGGAGAAAAAUGCCAACCAAAUCCAGGGGAUAUAUUACAGGGACAUAACUUUAAUCAAUCUCGUAAACUGUAAACGAAUUAAAAAAGGGACUUAUAUAAUAGAUUGUAUUCAAUUAAACACGUGGCGACUUAACAGCGUAAAUGAAUCUAACAUAAUAAAGGAACUAAUAAAUGAACCAAAUGCUACGGCAAACACAAAAUAUAUAUACAAAUAAGGACGAAAGAGCUUGCUCGAAACGAGAUAAACAACAAAAAAGCGAAAACAACUUACAUAUCAGUCCCUAUACGCCGGUGGCUUGAAAUAACACUUUAUAAAUAAACUUUAGAUGAACACCGAACAUGAACAGGCGAUUAAUGAAAGCGGGAGAGAAAAACUAUUUAAAGGAAUCAAAUGGCACAAAGGCCAACUGUAACGCAAAUGUCACGCAAGUUUGAAAGUCACGCAUUUACACCGGGAGUACACCUAUGUUUAAAUCUAAGGUGAUAGAACUGUCAGUAACAAAUCACUGCAGACAAGAAACAUCUGUUUGUGAACAUUUGUCGUUCCUGCUCCAAUUGUUGUAACCAUGAACAUACCAAUUCCAUCAUAAGUAACUGCCAGUCUACCAGUCCUGUGUCUUUAUACAGAUUUCCCUACCCACCUGCCCCACCAUGCUCUGCUGAUUAACCCAGAUUUCAACUACUGAACUCUGGGCAUUCAGGCCAAAUUUUUCCAGAUAUGCAAGCUGUAGUGAAACUCUGUUGGUAUGUUUAUCAAACCAUGACAACAGAUAUAAUGGACAUUUCAUGGAAGUGUGACUUGAGACAGAGACAGUUAAUGGUUGUGCCUGUUUGGCUGAUUCAUAAUAUGUUGAUUAUACUCGACAGCAUUGCCUAUAUUGGACCAAGUGUUACAACUUACCAACAACUUAACCCUGGAUACAGGAUUUAUGAAGUGGAUGGUGAUUAUGUAAACAGUUCUAGGGUAAAAUGAACUCUCCAUUUUUUAUUACUUUUUGUGUGUGUGUGUGCCAUAAUUAGCACCACCCUGUAAAUGAGGUUUCCCCUCCCCCCUUAUCAGUCAUCAUUAAAAGUAAAAGAAUCAGUCUGUGUUAAAACAUUUAAAGAAUGAUAUGUAUGGCCAUAAGUUUGGAAAAAUUUAACAAGUGCUAUCCCUUAAUAAGGCACCCACUUCAAUAAGCGCUGGCUAGUUACCUAAAUCUGAAAGUACUGUACUUCCUGGAUUAAGAGCAAAUUUUGGCUAAAAGGAGGGGUGCUGAUUGGAAAGAGGUUGCUGAGGAGGGUGCUUAUUAUUCUCUUGUACUGAUUCUGCUUUAUUUGAAGCUUAAAAAGUGAUACAUUAAAUAAAGUGCCGAUAGAAACAGGUUUUCCUUGUAGCUAUAUUAUUUAAGGUGAGAGAAGAGGAGGGGGGGAAACUAAUUCAAGAGAGCUGCCAGUUUGUUAUAAUGACCAAGGGAGUGGGCACCUAUUUGGAGGAGGCUGCUUUUCAGGGCGUGGGUGCUUAGUCAGAGAAUACGGUAUGUACCCUGGGCACCAUAUGAAAGAUUUAUUGUGCAUAUAAUGUGUAGGAACUUGAAGUGUUGGUGUUUCUUAUGUCUCUACAUCAAUUAGUUACAGUACUGAUGUCCUUAAUUUGUAUUCCUGGGAUUUGCUCUUCCCACUGACCUUGGUUUUUUUUUUGUUUUUUUUCCAAAGGCUAUCCUCAACCAUGAAACUUACAUUUUGGACUUGGUGGAAGCAAACAAGGGGAAUGUAAAGUGGAAAUUGGAGUAUUCUGCCAAGGUAUAGUCCCAAGAGAAAUUUAAAAAGGUGGUGGUUAUUUAUUUUGGCGAAGGGGAAAUGAAUGUAUCAUCUUGAUGGCAACUCUGGUGAUUGUAAUUAUUUUCUGUUUUUUAUUUGAAAAGGAGGCAUAUGGAAUGAAAUCACUUUUGCCUGAAGAUUGGGAUGACUUAGUACAUCGCAUGGCAAGCAAUACAACUUUGUUCAAUACUUUCUACAAGUAAGUAUUGUGGAACAAAUCAUGAGCUGAUUAUUCUUCAGUAGUCAAAAUUCUUGUUUAUAUGUUUACUUGCAUGUGGGUACAGAUGUUUUCAAGGUGCAAACCCAAAAAGGGAGUGGAAAGUUGUUUCCCUUUCAAGAAUGUAAUUUCUCUACACAGUAAUAUUGCUGAAUCAAAAGGAAAUAAUGGCCAACCUGAGAAAGUUUGAUUGUGAAACAAAUUCUCCUUGUCAGUACUAAAGGAAAUGUAUAUAGAAGAGUAUAGAGAAUAUGGAUACUGAUGUCAGGGUGUAAAGGGUUAAAGAAAAAGUAUGCCUGACUGUGUUAUUCAAGUUGAUUGUUUGAUGUUAAAGUGCUUUAGCAGUGCCAUUCCUCUCUAAAGUCUCUGCUUAGGAUCCUUAUAAGUGAUUUAUAUUCUGAACUUUUGUUAAUAUUUUUUAAUAUUUGUUUAGAUAUUACACAAAAUCUUCACGAAACGAUUCAUGCGAUGAUAGUUGUCGUAAGUACACGCUCUGCCGCAUGAUGAGUGGACGUUCCCAUGAUGACAGUGCCUGCACCCUUAACACAGCUCUAACACAAGAGGAGAAACAUUUCUUUGAUCAAUCUCUGGAUUUUUGCUGAAGUUGGAAUCUCCCUAAAAAUUAUUUGGCAUUACAAAUAAAAGGAUAAGAUGAACUUAUUAAUUUAAGUGUAUAAAAAAUGCAGAUAACAUGGUACUAUUUAGCUUAAUUAAUUGUGAAUUAAUUAUUUAUAUUACAAUUGUUCUUUCAUUGGCUAUGUGAAGUUGUGCUUUUAUUUUGAAAGUUUUCAGUUUCUAGUUGCACUCUCUUGAUCCAAAUGAUAAUAGAAAAAAGAUAUAGUAACAUUUGAAACUCGUCAUCUUUUAAUAUGAGGGCGAUUUUGUAUAGAGAGCUCAUUAAAGGUAUUUAAAGCAUAAAUGAACCAUGGCUAGUUGAACCCAGUCAACUACAAAUGUGAACCAUUUUUUACAUAGUGUUAUUAAACGUUUCUUAUUCAUUCAUAUGUCAAAAUGAAAAUAAAUGAAUUUUUCUUGGUUAAAUGUGUCAUGAUCAAUCCCUC